AUGGAUAUAAUACUGGCUUUCUGGGCUUGUGUACUGACUUCUAAAGCAGUAGCGGGAUUUGGAACAGACCCCGACUUGCAAAUUGACAUAAUUAAAGAACUGGAACUCUUGAAUACCACAAAAGGAGUGACACAAGUAUUUGGAUUACACAAUGGAAGUAAAGCAUUUUUAUUUCAAGAUGUUGAAAGAGAAAUACAUGCAGCACCGCACAUGAGUGAAAAAGUCAUUCAGUUAUUUAGGAACAAAAGUGAAUUCACCUUCCUGGCUUCAAUCCAACAAAGAUCGUCAACAUCUGGCGUCAUUCUUUCUAUUCGUGAAUUAGAGCACAGUUUCUUUGAACUGGAGAGCAGUGGAUUGAGAGAUGAAAUUAGAUACCACUAUAGAUUCAAUGGCAAGUCAAGAACAGAGGCAUUUCCCUAUCGACUUGCAGAUGGCCAGUGGCAUAAAAUUGCACUUACAAUCAGUGCCUCUCAUGUCUUACUGCACGUGGACUGCAACAGGAUUUACGAACGUGUGAUAGACCCUCCUGAAACAAACAUUUCUCCAGGAAGCAGUUUGUGGCUUGGACAAAGAAACAGAAAACAUGGCUUCUUUAAGGGAGUUAUCCAGGAUGCGAAAAUCAUCUUUAUGCCCAAUGGAUAUAUAACUCAGUGCCCAAAUCUGAAUCGCACUUGCCCUACCUGCAGUGAUUUCCUGAGUUUGGUACAAGGAAUUAUGGAUUUACAAGAACUCUUGGCUAAAAUGACUGCAAAGUUAAAUUAUGCAGAGACCAGACUUAGCCAGUUGGAAAGCUGUCACUGUGAGAAAACUUGUCAAGUCCAUCAGCUGGUUUACCGGGAUAAAGACUCCUGGGUAGAAGACGAUCACUGCAGGAACUGCACAUGCAAGAAUGGAGCAGUGGAGUGCAGGAGAAUGCUAUGUCCGCCACUUAACUGUUCUUCGGAUUCGCUUCCAGUCCACGUCCCAGGGCAGUGCUGUAAAAUCUGCAGGCCCAAAUGUGUCUAUGGUGGCAGAGAAUUGGCAGAAGGUGAACGGAUCCUCAAUAAAAAUUGCAGAGAAUGUAAAAAUGGAGUUUUACAAAAAGUACUAGAACCCUGCCCGGUAUUGAACUGCACAGAGGAAGAUCAUAUUCUGCCAGAAAAUCAGUGUUGCAGUGUUUGCAGAGGGCAUAACUUUUGUGCUGAAGGGCACAGAUGUGGGGAGAAUUCAGAGUGCAAAAACUGGAAUACUAAAGCCACUUGUGAAUGCAAGAGUGGAUUUGUGCCAAUGCAGGGAAAUCCAACAUAUUGCGAAGACAUUGAUGAAUGUGCUGCCAAGAUGCAUUACUGCCAGUCCAAUACAGUUUGUGUCAACUUACCUGGUUCCUACCGCUGUGACUGUGUUUCUGGAUACAUAAGAGUCGAUGACUUCUCCUGCACAGAACAUGAUGAAUGUGUCAACGGACACACCAACUGUGAUGAGAAUGCAAUCUGCACUAAUUCUGUCAGGGGACAUAGCUGCACCUGCAAACCCGGAUAUGUGGGAAAUGGUACCAUCUGCAGGGCAUUCUGUGAAGAAGGAUGCAGAUAUGGGGGUACCUGUGUGGCUCCAAACAAAUGCCUCUGUCCCUCAGGAUUCACAGGAAGUCACUGUGAGAAAGAUAUUGAUGAGUGUGCAGAGGGGAUCACUGAAUGUCACAACCAUUCUCGCUGCGUUAACCUUCCGGGGUGGUACCACUGUGAGUGCAGAAGCGGUUUCCAUGACAAUGGGACCUAUUCAAUUUCUGGGGAGUCCUGUAUUGACAUUGAUGAAUGUGCCUUAAGAACACACACAUGUUGGAACGACUCUGUCUGUGUAAACUUAGAAGGAGGAUUUGAUUGCCUUUGUACGUCUGGACCAUCAUGCACCGGAGAUUGCCCACAUGAAGGGGGGCUAAAGCGUAAUGGGCAGGUUUGGACGUUAAAAGAAGACAGGUGCUCUGUAUGUUCAUGUAAGGAUGGGAAAAUAUUUUGUCGAAGAACAGCCUGUGAUUGCCAAAACCCUAGUGUUGAUCUUUACUGCUGCCCGGAGUGUGACACAAGAGUCACUAGCCAGUGUUUGGAUCAGUAUGGACAUAAACUUUACCACAGUGGAGACAACUGGACAUACAGCUGCCAGCAGUGCCGCUGCCUGGAAGGGGAAGUUGAUUGCUGGCCUCUGUCAUGUCCUGCACUGAACUGCGAAUAUACAGCAAUAUCUGAAGGUGAAUGCUGCCCACGCUGCGUCAGUGACCCGUGUUUAGCAGAUAACGUUACCUAUGACAUUAGGCAAACCUGCGAGGACACUCACGGGAUCACUAGACUAAGCGGAUCAAUAUGGACAAUGUCUGGAUCUCCCUGCACAACCUGCAAAUGCAAGAAUGGAAGUAUCUGCUGCUCAGUGGAUUUAGAAUGUCUUCACAAUAACUAA